UACUCUGACUGACCAUAACGUGGUCAAACUUCUGUCAUAUAUCAUCAAUGACAAAUAAUUUUUUGACAAAACUAUGUCGUCUCAAAAUUUCAAUGAACAUGCUCAAAAGUAAUGACCAACCGACCAUUUCAAUCGGAUUCAACUAAAAUCUACGACGAAUUCUCUUUUCAAUCAGCUCCAGGCCAAUUUGGACAAAAUCAUCUUAUGGUAACUUAUGGCCAACAACGAAGAACAUUCGACACAACAACCACCGCAAUAACAGGUCAACCUUUUCAACACUUAAGAGGCAAUCUUGACUCAAACCGGCAACAAUUCAACCAACAAGUUUUAACGCCUAAUAAACAAAGCUUUCCAUAUGGAGUCAGUUAUACUUUCCCAAAUCAAGACCAAUCGACAUCAACAAAAUUUCAACAAUUAGGAAUUGACUAUAACGGACCAACUCAACAUUUUAUGCAAACAAAUCCAAAUCAAUAUCAAGUAUUAAAUCAACCACCUCAAAAUUUAUAUCAAAACCAAUUUCACCCACAUGAAUUUUCAAAUCCAAUACCUCCACCUCCAAUGAAUUUAACACUACAACAACAAAUAGCGUUAAACGAGCUCCAAAAACACGCUUUAGAAACGAUGCUCCUUCACGAAACAUUAAAAAGAAACCCGUUUAAAUUAAGGUUUCAUUUUGACGGGCAAACGGAUACCAACGAUUUAUAUAACAAGUCAAAUCAAUUUCAUCCUAUAAAUGAGUUAAACUCAAAAGAAUCGGAGAAACAAGUUAAAAAUCCGGAAGCUCUUCAUUCUAAAACAUCAAAAAGGAAAAUUUUGAAAAUAAAAUCAAAAGAUAAUAAUCGUGAUUGUGAUAAAGAGUGUCAAAACCAACCUGAAAUAGUUUCAGUUCAAGUUCAAUGUGACGCAAGAAAUCCCGAUAAGUGUAGUGAUGCGUGUUUAUGUGAAAAAGAAGCUCAAACUGAGAGGAAGGUUUGUUUUGAAAAGGAAUCGGACGAAAGAACUACAAAGAAACAUAUUGAAAAAAGGAAACAAAGUGGUAGAUCUGUUAAUGACGAUUCGGAUUCUUCGUCUACUUAUGAUGACAUGUCGUUGGGAUGAUUUUCAUUUAUGGUUUAACUAAAACAAAAUAAAUAAAAACAAAAAAGAAUUUUUUUUAAUAUCUUAAA